ACGGCCUGGGCGGAGCGGGGCGGGGCGGGCCGGGGCGCGGGGCGGAGUCCGGCCUGGGCCGCUCGGAGCCGGGACUCGCAGUGGCCGCGGCAGCCCGGGAGGCAGCGGCGUUGGCGGCGCGGCGGCGACAUGGCCAUCAUCUCAGAGGACAACUUACAUCACAGUUCAAACUCCACCUACAGACCUGCAAGCAGCUCUCUGUUGACAGACCAGGAGGUGCUGCUUGAGAAGCUACUGGACCACCCGACACCUGGCUUGCAGAGGCCCAAGGACCACUUCAAUGGUGCCUACAUCAUCUUCUUCAGUUUGGGCAUCGGUGGCCUACUGCCAUGGAAUUUCUUUGUCACUGCCAAGGAGUACUGGAUAUUUAAGUUCAGCAACUGCUCCAGCUCAGCCACAGGAGAGGAUCCUGAGAACUUGGACAUCCUGAACUACUUCGAGAGCUACCUAGCCGUUGCCUCCACUGUGCCCUCCGUGCUAUGCCUCAUGGCGAACUUCCUGCUUGUUAACAGGGUCCCACUUCAGGUCCGUGUUUUGGCCUCCCUGACCAUCAUGCUGAUCAUAUUCGUGGUGAUGACAGUGUUAGUGAAAGUGGACACCUCCUCCUGGACCCGAGGCUUCUUUGCUGUCACCAUUGCCUGCAUGGCCAUCAUCAGUGGCACCUCCACCAUCUUCAACAGCAGUAUCUUCGGCAUGACUGGCUCCUUUCCUAUGAGGGAUUCCCAGGCGCUGAUAUCAGGAGGAGCCAUGGGGGGGACCAUCAGUGCCGUGGCUGCACUGGUAGACCUGGCAGCAUCCAGUGAUGUGACAGACAGUGCCCUGGCCUUCUUCCUGACUGCGGCCAUCUUCCUGGGGUUCUGCAUUGGGCUCUACCUGUUGCUGCCCCGGCUGGAGUAUGCCAGGUACUACAUGAGGCCCGUGAGGCAAGCCCACGUGUUUACUGGUGAAGACCACCUGCCCCAGGACUCCCCCCAAACCCCUUUAUUGGCUCCCAGAUCCAGCGACUCCUCAACACCACCACUCUGCCCCAUCCUGAAGAAGACCUCUGGCCUCGGUUUCUGCAUCAUCUACCUCUUCUUCAUCACCAGCCUCAUCUUUCCUGCCGUCUCCACCAACAUCGAGUCCCUCAACAAGGACUCGGGCUCACUGUGGACCACCAAGUUCUUUGUGCCCCUCACCACCUUCCUCCUGUACAAUGUCGCUGACCUGUGCGGCCGACAGAUCACAGCCUGGGUCCAGGCGCCAGGACCCAAAAGUAAGGUGCUGCCUGGGCUUGUGCUCCUCCGGACCUGCCUCGUCCCGCUCUUUGUGUUCUGUAACUACCAGCCCCGGAUCCACCUGCAGACAGUGGUCUUCCGGUCUGACGUCUACCCAGCAGUCUUCACCACCUUACUGGGGUUCAGCAACGGGUACUUGAGCACCCUGGCUCUCAUGUAUGGACCAAAGAUAGUGCCCCGGGAACUGGCGGAGGCCACAGGCGUGGUGAUGUCCUUUUACGUGUGCUUGGGCUUGAUGCUGGGUUCAGCCUUCUCUGCCUUGCUGGUGCAUCUCAUCUAAGAGGGUCCACGGCAAGAACAUCACUGCUGUGCGGUGCAUGAGGGCUUUGGGAGAAGGAGGGCUGGAACCCAGCUUGGUGCAAAGAACAGAGCAUACUUAGUUCUCCUCUCUCCCCAGGAGCUGCUGACCUGCCCCAUCCCUGUGCCAAACAGAAACACUCUGGACACUUGAACAGAACAAUUCCUGAGAGGGCAGACUGUAAGACACUGGAGUAAUAAGAUGGCCAUCACAAGUUACAGUCACAAAAUGGGGGGUGCACUUUACUGACACUUAACAUCUGAUCUUUAGGGCCCUUCUCUAAUGUUGCCAGUGUUGCAUUCUGAGCUGUUACAAAGCAAGGGCUAAACCCUGGGCUGAUUGCCUGCCUUCUCUCAAAUGACUGGAUUCUCAGCUCUCCCUGGAGUGGAAGUCUCCCUGGGGCCAUCAGUAUUCAAAUCCACAUUCCUAGCCUGUCCAGACCACAGCUUUCUGUGAGAAACAGCCAUACACCAGACUGAGAAUCCCAGCAAGACUGACUUUCCAGGAAGCCCUGAUUCCCUAAACUUGGGCUCUAGAGGGCCUCUGUCUACUAAGGAUCAAACGUUGUCAACCCUGGGUUUUCAGGGACCCUUAAUGUGGUCUGUGACUCAGAUCAGGGUGUGAUCUUCUUAUGUUCCUGAUUACAGCAUGCCAAGCAGUUGGUUCAAGGGCAUAAUUACAGCAUGCCAAGCAGUUGGUUCAAGGGCAUAAUAAAUAUGAUAGUCUUAUUGGUAUCUGUA